AUGAGCAAGAAAAGAAAGUCGACCGUUACCUCCGUACCCCAGGACACGCAUGAUGAUGACGGUUCGCUCGCAACGCGUAUCAGUAAGAGCUGUGAUGCCUGUAAGGGCAAGAAGAUUGCCUGCCAGGGUGGCAAGCCACUGUGCGAGUACUGCCUCAAGCAC